AUAAAUGACAUUUAAAGAUCUCUAAGGAGUGUUCAUGUGAUUUUACACAUUCAUAGUGUGAAAUUAAUUAAUACAUAAUAAUCGUGAUAAUCGUUAAAUCGUGAUUAUUUCUCUGACAAUAAUCGUACCAAGAAAAUCUGUCAUCGUGACAUCCCUAGUGUCAAACUAGAUGGGGGUCUAGGGUGCUCAUGAUUAACAGGAUUCUGGAGCAGCAGAAAGCACUCCAUGAGGUCCUCUCAGAGGACAGAAACACCCGGCACCUAAUUCUUGGACAUCAAGAUCUGGAUGUGCUGGAGUCAGUCAGCAAGGCACUGGGACCACUGCUUGAAUUCACGGAUGCUCUGUCAGGGGAGGAUUAUGUUAGUGUUUCACACAUCAAGCCAGUACUCAACCUGUUUAACACAACCAUCUUGGCACCAGAGGAGGAUGAUACUGAUAUGACCAAGUCCUUAAAAAAGAAAAUGUUGGAGUACAUGAAUAGCAAGUAUGAAGACAGAGUCACACAAGAGCUCCUGGAUAUGGCAUCCUUCUUAGAUCCAAGAUACAAGACACAGUACAUCAGUGUUAAUGACGUCCCCAACAUCAGAGCCAGACUGGUGUCAGAGAUGAAGACAAUUAUGGAACACAAGUCCACCAGGGUGGAAGAAGUUUCACCCCCACCCACCAAGAUGGCUAAAAAGUCGUUGGCAAGCUUCUUCAAAAAAUCCACUGCAAGUGCCACAGUACCAAUCGAUCACACUGCUGCCAUAGAAGCUGAGCUGAGUGCCUACCUGCUGUCCUCCACCAUUGACAAUGAAGAGGACCCCCUUCUGUGGUGGAGAACUCACAAAGUCAACUUUCCCCAGCUCAGCAACAUGGCAAGAAAAUACUUGUGCAUGCAGGCCACUAGCUCUCCCUCAGAGAGAAUUUUUAGUGCAUCAGGAAACAUUGUGAGUUGUGAGAGGUCCUGUCUGAAGCCAGACAUGGUUAACAAACUAGUGUUCCUGGCAAAGAAUCUGUAACUACUGUGCUGUAACUACUUCUGUUCUGUUAUGCAUUUUCUGCAUACUGUUAUGUUGUCAUACAAAGAAUUAGGGCUGGGCGAUAUGGACCAAAAGUCAUAUCUCGAUAUUUUCUAGCUAAAUGGCGAUACUCGAUAUAUAUCUCGAUAUUUUUUCUGUGCCUUAAUUGGGGUUUCCCCCAAAGCAUUAUAGCAUAGCAUCUCUGUUAGCUUCAUUUUUUUCUGAGGCAAACCCUUAAAAAAACAGUCAGUUUUAAUACAAAGCCUCGUGCCAAAUGCCACACAGGUACCUUUGUUAACAGAGGUCUGCACAAUAUCAAAAUGUAGAAAACAAAUGAAAUAAAAAUAAACUGCCUGCAUAUAUAGAAUAAAAAUGCUUCUUGAAUAAAAUAAAACAAAUAUCCCUUUCCUGCAUAACAAUUAAAUUAAAAUACACUGUGCAAUUAAUACAAUGUAGACAGUAACAGGCAGACUUUUCCACUGAGGUUGACAGUUGUGAAAAUAACAAAACAUUUGUGCAAAUCUCAAAUAAAACAUUCAAGUCAAUUUGUCACAAA